UACGCGUUAAUAUUACUGGCGACGUGUUAACGCCGUUCUCUUCGGAUCUUCUAUAUAUAGAAUCUUCCAUUUGGAUGGAAUCUAGUUGUGGUGGACAGCUCCUUGAGAUCUGUUAUCUCGGAUUGCCGAAAACUGCCGUCUCCUUCAUAUACGAAGAUGGGGCUGUCUUUCACCAAGCUUUUCAGUCGGCUGUUUGCCAAGAAAGAGAUGCGUAUUCUUAUGGUGGGUCUUGAUGCCGCUGGUAAGACCACCAUUUUGUACAAGCUCAAACUGGGAGAGAUUGUCACCACCAUUCCUACAAUUGGGUUUAAUGUUGAAACUGUGGAAUAUAAGAACAUUAGCUUCACCGUCUGGGAUGUGGGUGGUCAGGACAAGAUCCGGCCAUUAUGGAGACACUACUUCCAAAACACACAAGGUCUUAUCUUUGUGGUUGACAGCAAUGACCGGGACCGAGUUAUUGAGGCUAGGGAUGAACUGCAUAGAAUGUUGAACGAGGAUGAAUUGAGGGAGGCUGUGCUGCUUGUGUUUGCAAACAAGCAAGAUCUUCCUAAUGCAAUGAAUGCUGCUGAGAUCACCGAUAAGCUUGGUCUUCACUCGCUCCGCCAACGUCACUGGUACAUCCAGAGCACAUGUGCCACUUCUGGUGAAGGGCUGUAUGAGGGACUGGACUGGCUGUCCAAUAACAUUGCCAACAAGGCAUAGAAAAGGAGAUGUUAUUUUCAGUGAUUUUUGGGGCCUGCAGUCAGAAAUAUCGGAGUAGAGAUGUUACUAUUAUUAUUUUGGUUUCUUGGAUUUUUUUCCCAUAUAUGUUCUGUUUAAAGUUAUAUGUUAGUAUGUUACCCAUUGUCUAUCACUCAGUUUAUGGUAUAUACAUUGGUUUUUGGUUCA